AUGGCAAAGAAUAUCUUCUGGGCGUUAGAAUAUGUUUCUGCGGAUUAUGAUUGGUUGACAGUAGAUGAUCGGAUCUGGUAUGCACUCUUUGUCAUACAGCCUGUGUACUACCCUCUCCUUGGUGUCGUUGCUGUUCCCGUGAACACGGUGACGAUUGUGAUCCUGUCCCGUGGAAAGUGCGGCCUCUCCAAAGGUGUCACUCGCUACCUUGAGGCCAUGGCGACGGCGGAUCUACUGGUCGUGAUCUUCGAUCUGAUAAUGAAGCAAUUACCCAUGGUUUACAGAGAACAGUUCAGUUUCGUGUAUUCUAUUUAUGUGUGUAAUAUCCACGCUGUCGUGGUCGCCGCAGUCACCGACUGCUCUGUCUGGUUCACCGUCGCAUUUACCUUUGAUCGAUUUGUGGCUAUUAGCUGCCAGAAGCUGCGAACUAAAUAUUGUACCGAGAGAACGGCGGCUGUUGUUCUGGGGACCAUGACUGUGCUGAGUAGUUUAAAGAAUAUUUUCUGGUAUUUUAUGCUGAGAGGUGAAUACCACCUUGAUUAUGUGCCCUGGUUUUGCCGGGAAAGAGCCGGUGUACUGAGAUCGUCAGUCUGGGCAGCAAUUGAGUUCCUCCAUUAUCUCGUCACCCCGGGACUCCCAUUUGCUCUCAUUCUCCUGCUCAACGUCUUGACGGCCAAAUAUGUUUUAGUGGCCGGCAGAGCCCGCAAGAGACUCCGCGAUCCCAGCCUUCGAGAGAGCGUUAGAGACCCAGAGAUGGAGAGCCGGAGGAAGUCCCUGAUACUACUAUUGGUCAUCUCAGGUAACUUCAUCCUGUUGUGGUCCGUUUAUAUGGUGUACAAUAUAUGGGGGAGAAUAUACGAUCUGAGGAUCGGAUCUUCAUUCCCACCUAAUACGCUGCAAGAGCUGGGCUUUAUGCUGCAGCUUCUCAGUUGCUGCACAAACACCGCUCUUUACGCCGUGACCCAAACUAAAUUCAGACAACAGCUGAAAGAUUUGGUGAAAUAUCCCUUCACGCUCACUGUAAAAUUCCUACAGAGGAGGUGGAGAAUUUGCCCAGGUGUGUUACCGAAUGCAUCUUCUCUCAACCAUUCUCUCAAGCAGUAA